ACAUGGCUGCAACGUUUUUUGAAUCUUCAACAAAAUUCCUGGACUUUACUGUUAUUUAAUUAAUCUUUUGCCGCUUUGCCGGACCUUGUAAAGGUUUGGUCUUUUUUUGUUAUUUCUUCGUGGGUUCUGUGUAGUCGCCAACAAUGACCUUGUUUUUCCCGAUUAGCAGCUGCCUGAGUAUCUUGGAUUUCUUGGGUUGAUUAAAUGUUAGUAUCCCAUUUCUUGAGUUGAGCUGUUAUACAAGACAAAGUAUUCAUUGUUGUUAGCCUAGAGUACUAAGUGUGACACUUGUGGUUUUGAAAGGUAUUUGGGGAGCUCUUUCAGUAAUCAAUUCAGUGGUUUUGCAAUUUUUUGUGAAACUGAAGAUAAUGAGAUUUAGUAUGGAUAGCACUCUAGAUGUCAACAGUGGUUAGCAUCACAGGAUAACAGUGUCCACCUACAGGCUUAUAAAUUCAGAAUUUCUGGAACUAUUCAAGUUCUUGAAAACUUGAGCUGUGGUGAAAUGGUUAUAAAUAGUGAUGGAGGAGGGGUAGCAGAUGUUAAGGAAGAUUUCAAUCUGAAAACGACUGGAAAUGGUUUUGACACUCUUAACAUUUCAACUUCUCGGAAGGUGCUGCUUGGUGAUGACAAUCCUUGCAUCGGGAAGCAAGAUAAGUUGAAAAUAAUCUCUACGAGACUAAAUAUACUGCAAUUUAGUUCUGAUGGCAGUCUAGUUUCUCCAUCAGCUAAAUUCAGGCAGAUUGCAGAGGAAAGAGAUGAAAUAUCACGUUCUGUGCCUUCUUCAGCUAGCCAAGGUUUACGAGAACGCUUCAAUGGAAUUGUGGCUCAAAAAAUUGAUUGGGCAUAUUUAUGGAACAUCUCCAGAAACUGGAUCAAGAAUCCCUUUAACAUGGCGCUAUUUCUGUGGAUCAGUUGUGUUGCAGUCUCAGGAGCAAACCUUUUUCUAGUAAUGACAGGAAUGCUAAACAGUGUCCUACCAAAGAAAUCUCAGAGAGAUGCCUGGUUCGAGGUUAACAAUCAAAUCCUCAAUGCUCUCUUUACUCUCAUGUGCCUGUACCAACACCCAAAGCGAUUCCACCACCUUGUGCUUCUGUGUAGGUGGAGACCAAAGGACAUAACAACACUCAGAAAAAUAUACUGCAAAAAUGGCACUUAUAAACCACAUGAGUGGGCUCAUAUGAUGGUGGUAAUUGUUUUGCUUCACAUAAAUUGCUUUGCUCAAUAUGCUUUAUGUGGCCUCAAUUUGGGAUACAAAAGAUCCAAACGACCUGCAAUAGGUGUUGGUAUCUGCCUCUCCAUUGCAAUUGCUGCUCCAGCAAUAGCCGGUGUUUAUGCGAUUGUUAGCCCCCUUGGGAGGGAGUAUGAACCUGAAUUUGAUGAAGAAGCGCAGAAUAAAACUGUUACCAAUGGCACUAGUCAUGCUAGCCGCUGCAUGUCACUGGAGAAGAGAUUCUCAUUUGCAUCAAGAGAUGAGCAGAGAAUUGCUGAGUAUGCACCCGUAUGGAGAGGGGGAUUAUUUGACAUUUGGGACAACAUUUCUAUAGCAUAUCUUUCUCUUUUCUGUAGCUUUUGUAUGUUUGGGUGGAACAUGGAAAGACUUGGGUUUGGGAACAUGUAUGUUCAUAUUGCUACCUUUAUCCUCUUCUGCGUUGCUCCUUUUUGGAUCUUCAACUUGGCUGCCAUCAACAUUGAUAAUGAGACUGUCAGGGAGGUUCUAGGAUUAACUGGUAUAGUGCUUUGUUUAUUUGGUCUACUUUAUGGUGGCUUCUGGAGGAUCCAAAUGAGAAAGAGAUUCAAUUUGCCGGCUAAUAAGGCAUGUUGUGGAAAAUCAGAUAUAACAGAUUGCACUAAUUGGCUUUUUUGUUGUUGGUGCUCUCUUGCCCAGGAAGUCCGAACAGCUGACUUCUACGACAUUGUGGAGGACAAGUUUUGCAGGAAGCAAGUAGAUGAGAGUAACCGGCCAACACUCUCUCCCUUACCCCAUGAUGGAGUAGUUCAGUUUAGCUAUAACCCAAAAUCUCCACUUCAAAACAGCCCUAGACUGUCUAGGCUCAGGGCUGAUUACUCUCCAAGUCCAAGCAGAUUUUCGAAACAUUAUAGUCCAGGCAGGCAGCUUCGCAAGGUGGAAGACGAGUUUUCUUCAAAAGAUGCUGACAAUUUUAUGAAGCCACCUGUUUUAUCAUCAAUACAAAGAUGAAGAGUUACCAACCAAAAUAUGUGAAGAUAAUUACUGUUAGCACAUUUGUAGACAUACAGAGUACUUUAGCUUAAAAUUCGGAUAAACCUGCACAAUGGUGCAUCUGGAUUACACGUAUUUCAUUUUCUUUUUGCAUCGUCAUACUCCCAUGUAGCUUGUAUCUUGUAUUGUAUUUCAAUGAGUCCUUUCUGUUAGCUUGUAAGUGCAACUGGAUACUGUCAAAUUUUAUUGCAUUGAUUGAUCUCUUUGGUAACAAGUGUUUGAAAUUGACAUGGA